UAAGCGGCGGUCGUGAUUAAAGCGGCAACUGAAUCGAGGCUGCUGCGGGCUUACACUGGCAGUCGAACUGAUGGAUCCGAUUGUUCGGUUCUCAUUGCGCGAUUCAGUUGUUCCUCGUCGAUCGCGGCCCGCGGAAGUGUUCAUUUCACAAUCGUGCCCCACCGGAUUGUGACCCUUGAGUCUUCUGCUCACAUAGUAGCUGUGAAUAUAAUUGGAGUCGCGAGCGGAUAAAUGGAGAUCCGAGUGGGAGUGGGCGAUCUGCUGAAAAUGGGCACCAAGCUCAUUGGCCACAAGAUCGUCCAGUAUCGCCUUGGCACAAAGCAGACGAAGGUGGUCUGCACCAGGGACGGCCAGGUGCGCGGACAUCGCCGAAGGACACUCUACGACGAGGAGAUGUACUUUGCCUUCGAGGGAAUCCCCUUCGCACAGCCGCCGGUGGGGGAGCUGCGCUUCCGUGCCCCCCAGCCACCACAUCCCUGGUUGGGGGUGCGGGAUUGCACAUAUCCGAGGGCCAAGCCGAUGCAAAAGCACUUCGUGCUCAGCAUCGUCGAAGGCAGCGAGGAUUGCCUGUACCUGAACGUAUAUUCCAAGCGCCUGAGGUCGGACAAGCCGCUGCCCGUGAUCGUGUGGAUCUAUGGCGGUGGAUUCCAGAUCGGCGAGGCUGGUCGAGAUUUAUACAGUCCAGACUACUUUAUGCAGCAAGACGUCGUGGUUGUCACAUUCAAUUACAGGGUGGGCGCAUUGGGAUUCCUCAGUCUCGCGGAUCGCGAUUUGGAUGUGCCGGGAAAUGCUGGUCUCAAGGACCAAGUGAUGGCCCUUCGCUGGAUCAGUCAGAACAUAGCCCAAUUCAAUGGAGACCCCCAAAACAUAACCCUGGUGGGCGAGAGUGCGGGAGCAGCCUCCGUUCACGCAUUGAUGACCACCGAGCAAACCCGAGGGCUCUUCCACAAGGCCAUCAUGCAAUCGGGAUCCAUGUUCUGCGAGUGGGCCAAUGAGCCGAGCGGCAGGUGGGCAUACCGCCUGGCCUGCCAAUUGGGAUACUCGGGAAGUGAGAACGAGAAGGAAGUGUUUCGAUUCCUUCAAAAAGCAUCCGCAUCCGAUAUGGCGGCUCAGGGAAUUACUCUGAUCUCCCAAGAGGAACGACGGCAGUACGUCCUAUUUCCCUUUACUCCCGUUGUGGAGCCAUAUAUCACCAGGGAUUGCGUUUUGCCCCGUGGCCACAGGGAGAUGCUGCCGGAGGCUUGGGGAAAUGAUCUACCGCUGAUCCUGGGCGGCAACUCCUUUGAAGGCCUGUUCGCCUACCAGAGUACCCUGCACGACGAGGAGCACAUGCUGAGUGCCUUUGAGGUCCUAGUUCCUCGAGAGAUCAGGGAGAAGAGUACCCAGUCGCAUAUCAAGGAUCUGCUACGUCAGUUCAAGGUGGAUAACUUCGAUGAUGCGACUCGAGGGCGCAUGGAGUUCAAUGAGUGCCUGCACAUACUGUCCAUUAAGCACUUCUGGCACGGCAUUCAUCGCACUGUAUUGGCCCGCCUCAGCCACGCCCCCACUACGCCCACCUACCUGUACCGCUUCGAUGUGGACUCGCCCCAUUUCAAUCACUUCCGGCAGGUGAUGUGCGGAAAACACGUUCGCGGAGUUAGUCAUGCCGACGAUCUCUCCUACCUUUUCUAUCACAUUAUGGCCAACAAGGUGGAGAAGUCAUCGAUGGAGUACCAAACCAUACAGCGACUGGUGGGCAUGUGGGUGGCAUUCGCCCGAAACGACAAUCCCAACUGUCCACAGAUCGGCCCGACCACAUGGGAAGCACUAGAUGAGAAAGGUCCGCAGAUGUGUCUCAAUAUUGGAAAGCAACUGGAGUUCAUUGUGCUGCCGGAGUCGAAACAGAAUCGGAUUUGGGAUAGACUAUACGAUAAAAACGACUUGUUUCCCAGGUUCUGGGCCAGCCGGAAUGCCCAGUUGUUAUCAGGACCUUCCACCCAUUCGCUGAGAGCACAUCCCGACUGCAUGAUAGCCUUGUGGAAGAGACCUCGUGUUUGUUCCGUCGUCAUCAUCAUGUGGACAGAAGCGGAUCCUGCACUUUCUCCCAUCAAUGUGAUGUUGUUGGGGUCGCCAUUAAAGUGGGCGAUGUUCUGGCUUAUCCAACGCAGAGCCAUUACUUGGUCCUUGAGUCCCGCAUUGCCAGGAACAUCCAGCUUCGGAUCCUUUAAACUGAGAAAGCCUGAAAGGAAGACAGUUGAUAGCGACGAAUACCACUGGCUUCUUCAUGAAGUAAUCCGGACUGUAAAUAUCCCUGGAGGCCUCGCCCUUUUGGAAACCACCUCCAUAAAUCCACACAAUUACGGGCAGCGGUUUUUCCGACUUCAAGGUUUUGACAUAAACGUUCAGGUGCAAACAAUCCUCACUGCCCUCGACAAUUCCCAGGAGCAUGUUCCUCUGCAUGGGCUUGGAUCGAUUGGUAGUGCAGUUGAGCACUCCUUGCCAGGGUUCCGGUGGCUGAGGAGCCUUGAAUCGGAGGUCACCCACGGGGGGCUUGGCGUACGGAAUGCCCUCGAAGGCAAAGUACGGCUCCUUGUCGUAGACCGUCUUCCUUUGGAGUCCGCGCACCUGUCCGUAUUUGGUGUCCAAUAUCACUGUGUGACCAGUGGAGAGCCGGUACUGUUGCACCUUAUGGCCCACCAACCUGAGGGAGAGAUUGGAUUAGAUCGGGGAUACUUGCAGGUGAACACGACCAGCGGACCGGUGCUCGGAAAACUGUGCACAGGUGUCUACGGCGAUGAGUACGUCAGCUUCGAGCGGAUUCCGUACGCGAAACCGCCGGUGGGGCCCCUCCGGUUCAUGGCCCCCCUGCCCGUGGAGCCCUGGAGCCAGCCCUUGGAUUGCACCCAGCCCGGCCAGAAGCCACUCCAAUUCAACCACUACUCCAAACAGCUGGAGGGCGUCGAGGAUUGCCUGUAUCUGAAUGUCUACGCAAAGGAGCUCGACUCACCAAAGCCAUUACCGCUGAUUGUGUUCUUUUUUGGCGGUGGUUUCGAAAAGGGCGACCCCACCAAGGAACUUCAUAGUCCUGACUACUUCAUGAUGCGUGAUGUGGUCGUGGUCACAGUUUCCUAUCGCGUGGGUCCCCUGGGAUUCCUGAGCCUGGACGAUCCUGCCGUGGGAGUGCCCGGAAAUGCUGGUCUGAAGGAUCAGCUGCUGGCUAUGGAAUGGAUCAAGGAAAACGCAGACAGAUUUAAUGGCGAUCCCAAGAACGUGACCGCUUUUGGGGAAAGCGCCGGAGCCGCAUCAGUCCACUACUUGAUGCUGAAUCCCAAGGCUGAGGGUCUGUUCCAGAAGGCCAUAUUGCAAUCGGGCAAUGUGCUCUGCUCCUGGGCCCUCUGUACCAUCAAGAACCUGCCCCAUCGGUUAGCGGUCAACCUGGGAAUGGAAAGUGCCGAGCACGUGACCGACGCCAUGGUCUUGGACUACCUGCAAAAAUUGCCGGGAGAGAAACUGGUUCGACCAUAUCUACUCAGCGCAGAGGAGCAUCUGGACGACUGCGUCUUUCAGUUUGGACCUAUGGUGGAGCCAUAUAAAACGGAGCACUGCGCGCUGCCCAAGCAUCCGCAGGAACUGCUCGACAAGGCCUGGGGAAAUAGGAUUCCGGUGCUGAUGAGCGGCACUUCCUUCGAGGGCUUGCUGAUGUACGCCCGGGUUCAAAUGGCUCCCUACUUGCUGACCAGCCUGAAAAAAGAACCCGAGCACAUGCUGCCACUGGAUGUGAAGCGGAAUCUGCCCCAGGCUCUAGCUCGACAUCUGGGCCAGCGACUGCAGGAGACCCACUUUGGCGGUAGCGAUCCUUCUUCCAUGUCGCCAGAGUCCUUAAAAGCGUACUGCGAGUACGCUAGCUAUAAAGUGUUUUGGCAUCCCAUUUUAAAAACGCUGAGAUCCCGUGUAAAGAGCUCCAGUGCAUCCACAUACCUAUAUCGAUUCGACUUUGACUCUCCCACGUUCAAUCACCAGCGUUUGAAGUACUGCGGGGACAAGUUGCGUGGCGUAGCCCACGUCGAUGAUCACUCCUACCUGUGGUUCGGCGACUUUUCCUGGAAGCUGGACAAGCACACGCCCGAGUUCCUUACCAUCGAGAGGAUGAUUGACAUGCUGACAAGCUUCGCGAGGACAUCGAAUCCUAAUUGCAAGCUCAUCCAGGAUCAGCUUCCGCGAGCCAAAGAAUGGAAGCCCCUCAACAGCAAAUCCGCUUUGGAGUGCCUUAACAUCUCGGAGAACAUUAAGAUGAUGGAGCUGCCGGAGCUGCAGAAGCUUAGGGUCUGGGAAAGUGUCUGCCAAUCAACGGGCUAGUCAAGAGUAUUAAGUGUCCUAGCAAUAUUUGUAGCUGAAAUCAAGCAAGUGAUUAAACAUUUUCCAAAUAUA